AUGAAUUACCCUGAUGAAUAGAACGAUGAUCUAUAAGAGAUUUUCGAUUAAGUUUAGUAUGUUCAUGAACAAUUAUAUUGUAUGAUAGUUUAACUGUUGAGAAAAGAAUAAAUUUCUGAUUCUUUAGGAUUCCUUUUAAAUCCUAAUGCUCAAAAACUAUUAGAAGAAUAGCUCAAAAUGCAUAAAGAGAUUGAACUAGAAAAAUAGAAUUAUCACAUAAUUACUAACAGUAUGAAAUUAAUACAAAAUCAUAAAUUUAAUAAAAAUAAUUAUUCAGAAGAAAUUUAUAAUGAAAUCAAAGAAGAUCUAAUUAAAAAAAUAUCACAAAAUAAAAAGAUCAUUUAAUUUUUUUAAUUUUUAGUUCUACUCACCGCCAUUGAUAACAAUUUUAUAUAAUGUGGGUCAAAUUCCUUAAAUUUAUUAGUUUAGAUAAAGGUUGAUCUUACAAACCAAAAUUUUGAAAAUAUUAAUAUCCAGAAUACUUCUUUGGUGGGAGCUAAUUUUAUGAGAUGUAAUUUGAGUUAAUCAUAAUUUGACAAUGUAGACAUAAGUGGUAUAAAUUUGAAUGGAGCAUAACUUUUUAAUUGUAAAUGGAAAAACUUAAAAAUAGAGGAAUUAAAUAAUUUAAAUGGUCAUAGUAGCUCUGUUAGAUCAGUUUGUUUCAUGCCUGAUGGAUCUACAUUAGCAUCUAGUAGUUAUUAAGAAAUUCGUUUAUGGGAAGUUAAGACAGGUCAAUAAAAGGCCCAGUUGAAUGGUCAUACUGGUUCUGUCUCCUCAGUAUGCUUCUCUCCUGAUGGUACAACAUUAGCAUCUGGUAGUUGGGAUAAUUCUAUCCGUUUGUGGGAUGUUCAGACACAAUUAUAAAAGGCUAAGUUUGAUGGUCAUAGUCAUUAUGUCAUGUCAGUAUGCUUCUCUCCUGAUGGUACUACUUUAGCAUCUGGUAGUUGUGAUAAGUCUAUAAUUUUUUGGGAUGUUAAGAUAGGAGAAUAAAAAGCCAAGUUGGAAGGUCAUAAUCAUUUUGUCAAUUCAGUAUGCUUCUCUCCUGAUGGUACUAGAUUAGCGUCUGGCAGUGAAGAUAAGUCUAUCCGUUUAUGGGAUGUUAAAACAGGAUAAGAAUAACUGAAAAUAAAUUGUCAUGAAUAUGCUUCCAUGUCAAUAUGUUUCUCCCCUGAUGGAACUACAUUAGCAUCUGGUAGUUAUUAAGAAAUUUGUUUAUUGGAUGUUCAGACUGGAUAAUAAAAAGCCAAGUUGAAUAGUUACAGUGGUGAAUGGGUGUCGUCGGUGUGCUUCUCUCCAAGUGGGACUACAUUAGCAUCUGGUAGUUAUUAAGAAAUUCGUUUAUGGGAAGUUAAGACAGGUCAAUAAAAGGCCCAGUUAAAUGGUCAUACUGGUUCUGUCUCCUCAGUAUGCUUCUCCUCUGACGGUACUAUAUUAGCAUCUGGCAGCGAAGAUAAGUCUAUCCGUUUAUGGGACAUUAAGACAGGAUAAGAAUAAGCCAAAAUGGAUGGACUUAAUCAUGAUUUCAGAUAAGUGUGCUUUUCUUCUGAUGGAACUACUUUGGCAUCUUGUAGUGAUGAGAAUUUUAUCCGCUUAUGGGAUGUUGAGACAGGAAAAGAAAUUCAGCCUUCUGAUAAAAGUUACAAAGAUAUUUUAAUUUAAUUUAAAACUCCAUUAUUUUCAGAUAAUUGUCUUCCUGGUAUUUAUUUUGUAAUUAUAUUUAGCAACCGCCAAUAUAACAAUUCUACUUAUAUCCCAAUAGGCAAUAUUUUAAGCAUAGGGAGCUUUAAUUCUAAAAGGAGAAUUUAUUAGUCAAUCAGGUAUUGAUUUAAAGACAUAAUUUAAAGAAAGAGGAAGUUGCUUUUUGGAAACCUUUUGGUAAAAGUGA